UCAUGGCGAAGGCCAGCCUCCGGAAGUAACGCCGCCCGUGAUUGGAGCAGCCACGUCACGUGACCGGCUUUACAGCGGAGUUUCCACGACAGCUGGAAGCCGAGCGAGCGGCGAAGGGCGCAUCGCUUCUUCUUCUUCUUCUUCUGGGAAACACUCGCGACCGACCAGGCUUCUGCUCGUCUCGCCAACCCCCUCCAGAGACACCCUGGUCUGGCAUGGGCGACAAGAGGAGUCCCACAAGGCCGAAGCGUCAACCGAAGCCCUCCUCCGACGAGGGGUUUUGGGACUGCAGCGUGUGCACGUACAAGAACACAGCAGAGGCUUUUAAGUGCAUGAUGUGUGAUGUCAGGAAAGGGACAUCAACAAGGAAACCACGCCCAGUCUCCCAGCUCGUCUCGCAGCAGCAGGCCACUCAGCAGUUCGUGUUACCCCCGCAGCCCAAAAAGGAAAAGAAGGAGCGCGUGGAGCGAGAGAAGAGCGACAAGGAGCCGGCGCUCAAGAGGAACAGCCACAAGAAGAUGCGGCCCAGGUUAAAAAACAUCGACCGCAGCAGCGCCCAGCACCUGGAGGUGACGGUCGGCGACUUGACGGUCAUCAUCACGGACUUUAAGGAGAAGGCCAAGCCCUCGUCCACGUCGGCGUCCUCGUCCUCCAGCGCCGCCUCCGCCGCCGACCACCACAGCCAGAACGGCUCCAGCUCGGAAGCCACGGAGAAGGGGCUCUCUCGCUCGUCCUCGCCCCGCGGGGAGGGCAGCUCGCUGAACGGGGAGUCCCACUGAGUCCGCCCCUCCGGCGGCGUUACACUUGACACUACCCGCCUUGAGAGGAUCCCCACACGUGAUGCCGAGCUUCCUCACAGACAGCCAGCAGCCUUUUCACAGGACUGCGACACACGCUGAGACGAGCUUGGGACAGUGAGGACAUCUCCAGGGAUGCACCAGCUUAUGUUUUCUUCCUCCAGCCUGUCCGUCAUCUCUUUUUUGGGGGGGACAAUCCCAUCAAGACUGCAGAAUAUUGCUCCAGUUUGUUCCGACUGGAUUAAAGCCCACUUUUUCGGGAAGGUUUAGUAUAUUAUUGUAUAGGCUAAUAUGUUUUUGUGUGUAGCUACGUGGAUUGAUGAUCUCUAAUAACACUAUUCAAUUAAGUGAUGGAAUUAAGAACUUGGAAGUACACUCAGGAUCGAUUGCAAGCUCGUCUGUUUUCAAGAAAAAAAAACAUAUAUUUUCAUUCGCUGCACAAACGACUACUCUUGCGCGACAGACUCCGGGGAUGCAACUCUGUGGACCCCGUCCUGCACACAGCGCCACAACGGCGAAGACUCCUGCAUUCCUUCUAGCGGGCUUUAGGUGUACUAAUCUCAGCUAACUGUGCAGUUUAUUCUAUUCCAACUAGCGGUGUAGUUAGUUAGAAUAGAGAUAGAGUGAACAGGUUCAAAGAACAACGAAAUUGGAGCAGAUCCCCUAAGGCAUGGGUGUCAAACUCUAAUCCGUGUAAUUUCACUUGGCCCUUGAGGCGAUAUCAAAUUAACACUAGAGCUGGCCCGCCGAUUAUAUACAGCGGUGUAGAUUCACAGUGUGGCGUAUAUUUCUAACAGUGUUAAAGUUGUUUAAACAGCCACCCUCAGUGUAACCUGUAUCGCUGUUGAUCAAGUAUGCGUGGCAUUCACGUGUGUGUGUGCGUACAGAAGUCGCACAUAUGUACAUUAGUAAGUACAUUUUAUUUAUAAAGCGCUUUUCACAGAUAAAAUCACAUCAUAUGUGAAGUAAAACAACGAUUCGAUGAAUACAACAAUAUCAUAAAAAGGAUACAAAGUGGAUUAAAAUGGUAGUAAAAGGUGCGUUAACUAAAAGCUUUACCAAAAAUAAAAGUUUUCAAAUGUUUCUCAAAAGUGUCAAUACAGUCAAGAUCACAGAGGGACAGGUGCAAGUUGUUCCAGAGUCUGGGAGCUAUAGCCUGGAAUGCCAGGUCUCCACGGGUUUCUUGUGACUGGGCCGGCACGUUGUUGGAAUGGAUGAAAAGCGGACGUGACGAUAGCUCGUAGAGGACGUUAAAGGCAGACACCCCCAAGACUGUGGUCCGGGUGGAUUACGAGAUAUAAUGACUGAUGAACACCUUCGUUCGAUAAUGAAGGUUGCCUCAGCUCAAAGCCUGAGCCCCGACAUUAAUGAACUAACAUCCAAGAAAAUAUGCCAGGUAUCUGGCUUGGGCACAUCAGAUUAGAUCAGUGAGCAGUUUAAAGUCCUGAAUGGUUGCUUUAUUCAUUGUUAUUUUAUUUUCAAAUUUAUUAGCCUGUGGAAAAAGUUGAUAUUUACCUCAGAAGGCUGCAAAUAGAAAAGAGGCAUUCAAUUUUGUUUUAAAUUGUAUUUGAUAUGCCAUUGAUAUUUUUUAAUUAUUAUUAUUAUUAUUUGAAACUGGAUUUUGCAUGUCACUAUAAAGUUAUAUAAGCCUUGCUUGUUCAAUAUUCAAUGCAAAACUUCUUUAGGUCCCUAUUAAAAGGUUCAUUUGUUCUACCUUGGCCCGCGGCUUUGUUCAGUUUUACAUUUUGGCCCACUCUGUGUUUGAGUUUGACACCCCUACCCAACCCACAACAAUUUAGUAAUAUAAAUAGUAAAAAAAAACAUUAAAAAAAGAAGAUAUGUAUCUAUAUAUAUAUGUAUAUAUCCACACACAUGCAUACAUCCAUAUGUGUAUAUGUAUAUAUAUUAGGGGUGUAACGGUACGUGUAUUUAUAUUGAACCGUUUCGGUUCGGAGGUGUACCGAACAAGUUUCCACACGGACAUAUUAAGUAGCGUAACACACGUUGUGUAAACAAUGCACAACACACGGGCUAGGAUAGACUGACCAUACGUCCUCUUUUCACCAGACAUGUCCUCUUUUGUGGAGUUUCUUAAAUGCCUCAAAUGUCCGGCAUUUUGGGUUAGGGUUGCGUGUAUUUUCAAUGUACGUUCAGGGUUAAGAAGGGGUUAAAAACAAAACAAAUUGUGCGCACAGCAGCAGCAUUGGUGAGGGAGGGGCAGAGACAGAGAGAGAGAGAGAGAGUUAUGAUAAACGCGUAUUCGGCGCCAGGCUCUGCUUUUUAUCCAUAGAUUUAUCACAUUUAAUUUUUUAUUAUCUAUAGCAGGGGUGUCAAAAGUGUGCCCCGGAGGCCAUUUGCUUUUUUAACAUUUUAAUGUUUUAAAGGCCCACGGCACAUUCUAAAAAUACUAUUAAAAUAAACAAAAACAUAACAAAAGUGAAAUAAAAAAGCUUAAAUGUAAUUUAGAAAAAGUUGCAAUGUUGACUAAUAAAAACAAAGCUGUUUUUUUUUUUUUUCAAACUGUCAUAAUAUUGAAUCAAAAUCAAUGUUAUUAUGAAUGAUUGACCUAUCCAAGGUUCCCAUUACUUCACAUCAAAUAUUCUACUAAGAAAAAUAUUUUUGGUGGAAGAUUUUGCAAAUUUGGUAAAUAAAUAACCCAAAAUGUAUAGUUUGUUGUUUUCUUACUGUGCCGAAAAUGAACCGAACCGUGACCUCUAAACCGAGGUACGUACCGAACCAAAAUGUUUGUGUACCGUUACACCCCUAAUGCAUAUAUACAGGUAAAAGCCAGUAAAUUAGAAUAUUUUGAAAAACUUGAUUUAUUUUAGUAAUUGCAUUCAAAAGGUGUAACUUGUACAUUAUAUUUAUUCAUUGCACACAGACUGAUGCAUUCAAAUGUUUAUUUCAUUUAAUUUUGAUGAUUUGAAGUGGCAACAAAUGAAAAUCCAAAAUUCCGUGUGUCACAAAAUUAGAAUAUUGUGUAAGGGUUCAAUUUUGAAGACACCUGGUGCCACAAACUAAUCAGCUGAUUAACUCAAAACACCUGCAAAGGGCUUUAAAUGGUCUCUCAGUCCAGUUCUGAAGCCUACACAAACAUGGGGAAGACUUCAGAUUUGACAGCUGUCCAAAAGGCAACCAUCGACACAUUGCACAAGGAGGGAAAGACACAAAAGGUUAUUGCUGAAGAGGCUGGCUGUUCUCAGAGCUCUGUGUCCAAACACAUUAAUGGAGAGGCAAAGGGAAGGAAAAACUGUGGUCAGAAAAAGUGUACAAGCGAUAGGGAUCACCGCGCCCUGGUCAAGAUUGUGAAAAAAAAACCCAUUCAAAAAUGUGGGGGAGAUUCAGAAGGAGUGGACAGCUGCUGGAGUCAGUGCUUCAAGAUCCACCACCAAGAGACGCUUGAAAGACAUGGGUUUCAACUGCCGCAUACCUCGUGUCAAGCCACUGUUGACCAAGAAACAGCGCGAAAAGCGUCUCACCUGGGCUAAGGAAAAAAAGAGCUGGACUGCUGCUGAGUGGUCCAAAGUCAUGUUUUCUGACGAAAGCAAAUUUUGCAUUUCCUUUGGAAAUCGAGGUCCCAGAGUCUGGAGGAAGACAGGAGAGGCACAGGAUCCACGUUGUCUGAAGUCUAGUGUAAAGUUUCCACCAUCAGUGAUGGUUUGGGGUGCCAUGUCAUCUGCUGGUG